AACCCUUAAACGGCGCUUCCUGUCUCUACACCUUCAUGACUUCAGCCUAGGCUGAAGGGGAGGAGCAGGCGGCGGAGGCUCUUCUCUGCUCCCAUGUCGAUGUUUGUUGAUUGCGAGGGUGGCAUUGCUGUGUGUGGAAGAGGAUUGACGGAGGGUUGUCGAGUGGCCUGCCAAGACGCGUUAUUGUGGAAAGCUACAACUUUCCCCCUUCCGAAUAGGAGGCUGAAUGACGAAGAUUGGGGAUGAUGUUUCGACGAUUAUUGCUAUGAACCGCUUUGCCAUAUGGCUGUAAGCUCAUGUUUGACUUGUCUUUCCUGACUGACGGCCAGUCCAGGAUGCUGGAGCUCGUCUGAGGACGCUUUUUCAGGAUUUUCCUUCCCCAUUCAAACAAAAAAACGACGAGGUUCUCCGUCGGCGACGAGACCCUUUCCAACUCAUUUGCUCAUCCCCUGAACUUCCAAAAAUGGUCUUCUUCGCCUUGGCUCGAAACAAACCAGGAUAACGACGGGAGAAGCUACGCGACAACAACCCUACCAACGACGGCCAGUGUUACUUUCUCCCCCCCCGUGUAAGGCAGCGCUUCAGCGGGCAGACCUGACAAUCUCAGCCGGGAUGCGACGCCUCGCUGCCUAGGCUGUCCUGGCUCUGGAUUUAUUCAACUUUUGUUUUUUUAAUCUACUACAAUUAAUGCAUCUUGGGGAGUCGAUGAGAGAGUGCGAGUACAGUCAAAUCAGCACUCGCAGCUCCACGCCAAUGGAGACCCCUUACAAGAAAAGGACCCCAAAGAGGAAGAAGUGGGAGACCUUCCCAGGUCGGAAUAAGUUCUACUGUGAUGGGAGGAUCAUGAUGGCCAAGCAGACAGGGGUUUUCUACCUCACCCUGGUCCUCAUCCUUGUAACCUGUGGACUGUUUUUCACCUUUGAUUGUCCAUUCCUGGCACUGGAGCUGACCCCCAUCAUCCCAGUCAUAGGAGGAGCUCUGUUCCUGUUUGUACUGGGGACUCUACUGAGAACCAGCUUCAGUGACCCCGGCGUCCUGCCAAGGGCAACCCCUGACGAGGCGGCGGACUUGGAGAGGCAAAUAGAUGUGGCCAACGGCAGCACAGGCUACAGGCCUCCUCCCAGGACCAGAGAGGUCGUCAUCAAUGGCCAGACAGUCAAGUUGAAGUAUUGUUUCACGUGCAAAAUCUUCAGACCACCACGUGCCUCCCACUGCAGCCUCUGCGACAAUUGUGUGGAACGUUUUGACCACCACUGUCCCUGGGUGGGGAACUGCGUGGGGAAGAGGAACUACCGGUUCUUCUACAUGUUCAUCCUCUCUCUCUCCUUCCUCACCAUCUUCAUCUUCGCCUUCGUCAUUACACACAUCAUUUUACGUUCACAUGUAAAUGGGUUCCUCAAUGCACUUAAAGAUAGUCCUGCCAGUGUUCUGGAGGUGGUGGUGUGUUUCUUUUCUGUUUGGUCCAUAGUGGGCCUCUCAGGCUUCCAUACCUACCUGAUCAGCUCCAAUCAGACCACCAAUGAAGAUAUAAAAGGUUCAUGGUCUUCUAAAAGGGGGAAGGACAACUACAACCCGUACAGCCAUGGUAAUAUAUUCACCAACUGCUGUGCAGCGCUUUGUGGACCCUUGCCACCAAGUCUCAUUGACAGACGAGGUGUUAUUGAAGCAGACGCACCACAGCUGGCACCGCCGACCAACGGCAUCACCAUGUAUGGUGCCACACAGUCCCAGCAAAGUCAUAUGUGUGAUCAAGACCAGUGCAUUCAGAGCACCAAAUUCGUUUUGCAGGCUGCCACCACUCCUCUCCUCCAGCAGCAGAGCAGCGAGCCAGUCAUCAUAACGUCUUCCCCUGAAAACGGGACGUCUCUGCCCGUCCGCGCCUCACUCACCCUGGGAGGCCCGUGCACCUCGCUCCCCCUCGGCCAGCCUACCCCGCCGACGUCCACCCCCAGCCUAAGCUGCCAUGAGGCCACCGACAUGCUGCCAAUCCAUGGACACACACUAAACCACACGCAGCCUCUCCAGGAGCAGGCAGCGCAUCACCACUAUCUCACCCCAGAGGAAGUGCCCUCACCACCAGGUAUGCUUCAUUGCGGCAGCCCGCUGGGCCACAGCCAUACGGUGCAGGCCAGUUUCUACAACCCUGCCAGCCAAGACUCACUACACGAGGACUCGGUCAGAGGGUUGGUGAAGCUCAGCUCUGUCUGACAGUGGGAUAUAUAAACCCAAUUUCUUCUAAAGACAUAAAACUCUCCUGAGCUACUUCGGUAUUGGCCAACUCCCCCUUCAAUUACAGACUCCAGCUGCUAGAAAGUGUGGAAAGUAACUGAAGAAAAACUUGUUCUCCUCAGCCAUCAUGUUGCCAAACCUGUCUGUUGGAACUGUGAGAGAAAGGUUACAGUAUAUGUAGGACAACUCAGACAUAAACUGUAGGGGGUUAUUUGUACUUCAAGGGAAGAUUAAGCAACUCUAAUUUGGGAAUCUGCAAACUGGAGUUUGCUCUACAAAGUGGUAUCUAUGUCUGUAAGCCAUUUCGAGCAAAAAGAAAAGAACUAUUCAAAACUUCAGGUCAGAAAGCUGCAUUUCUGCCACUGGAUCAGACAGUAUUUUUGUUGAACAAAUUUAAACCAAUUUGCCUGUUGCUGAUCAGACUGUGUCUCCUGCCUUUAUUCUCAGCAUUGUGAUGGUUUAUGUCAUUAUGUUGCAUAUCAUCCUGCUUUUUCUAUGUAAAUGAAAUCAGAGACUGUUGUACUGUACCUUAGUUACUACAACUCUAACAAAUUAUAUUUCCUGUGGAUAUUAAUAAAACACCAACUUUUUACCAGA